AUGGACCCCAGAGCUAGUCAACCAAGGCCUGACACGCACCUCAAACCCCCAAAUCCGCACCAACGCACCUCCCCCUCAUCGUCAACAUCUCCAUCCCCAACACCACGAGCCCCCGUCGCCGCCCACAACACAGCUACAGUCGCCGAAUCGGUAAUAUUCCAAGGCACACACCCCAUCUCCGUCGGCGCAGGGACGGUCAUCCAUCCGCGCGCACGCAUCUACUCAUACGACGGGCCCAUUAUCAUCGGCGAAGGCUGCAUAAUCAGCGAAAAGAGCACAAUCGGCACCCCGCCGAGCACACCACCUUCUCUCCCGCCCGCGCCGAAAGAAGUGGUUCCAACACGGAUAUCGAACGGAGUGACGAUCGGUCCGCUUGUGACCGUCUUCCCAGGCGCGCACAUCCACUCCUUCGUUACGGUCGAGGCGCUAGCCAUCAUUAACCGGCGUGUGUCUCUGGGUGCGCAUUCAAAGGUCUGUUCGGGCUGUGAGGUUGCGGCGAACACGGUGAUAAAGGAUUGGACUGUGGUUUGGGGCUCGGGGGCUGGGUCCUGUCAAAGGAGGAAACGGGCUACGGGGAAGACGAGCUCGUCUGUUGCGGCUGGGCAGGACGUGUCGGCGCUGGACGCCAAGGUGGUUGAGGAUGCGCGGUUGAUUGUAUUACAGAAGGAGAGAGAGGUAGUGGCCAGGCUUAUUGGGUCGUCUGCAUCUGCUGGGGCCAGGAGGAAAUGA